GCAAAGCGCCGGGUACGCGACACAGGCCCGCCACCGCCCUGGGCUGAAAAUUGUCUCGCAAGCCGCGCGCGCUCAGCACGCCCGCCGUGCAGUGUUACGCCCGUAGCGCCAGUCACGUCAUGAUGUCCUCCAGUUCCCUGGAUGCAUAUCCGGGCCUAAAAGACGGUGUCCACAGCCGACUAGACGGUGGAAAAUAUACUGCUGGGUGCGGGAAUUAGAUCAUGACGCAGUAGGCUACGGAACCAAGCCCGGCGGGGGAUGAUCACCACUGCAGUCGCGCGAGAUCUGGUGCGACCUUCUAGGCAGCCUUGCUCGCCUGGGAGGGAAGCGGAACUGCUACGUGGCUUUCCAGAGAGGGAAUGCCGCCCUCCUCGAUACAUAUCGAGAUCACUACCGGCAGACGAUCUCAACAGCCGGAGCCGCAUCGUGGAUCAUCGCGAGUCAAGAGCGUGGAGAUGGCAAUAUAGAAUAUUGCCAAGCCGGCCUCGUACUGGAUCGGGCGUCCGGCGUAUAAAUGAGCCUGAUGGUUAUGCAUCCCUACGGAAAGGAGCAGUAGGAGGGGGUGUUCGUCCCGGUUCUCGGACACGAAAAGUAGAAAAGGGGUGUCCCGCUUCCGCAGAUGAUGGCGCACAAGCCAGGCAGGAAUACUUGGAAUAUUCGCUCACGAUGGUCACCGCGGAGAGGCAGAUACAUAAGGGGCUUAGGGAAAGACUGACAGGUCUCGCUCCCGUCAAGCCAUCGGAUGAAAUAGCAAGCGGCUCGGUCCCCGAAAAGAAGAAAAACAAUAUCGAGGCGGCGUUGCUAAAGAUUUCGAGCCCGCCACUGUCUCUAGUUCCGAGCAAGAGAAGUCUCCCGACGAGGGCGGCACGGAGGACGGUAUCGAAGGAUGUGUUUCCUUAUCUGGGGAACCAUUGUUCGCCCUUAGACAGCCCUGACUUUCCGCAUCUCGCCACAUGCUGAGGAUUCCCGGAAGAGGCCUUGUAUCUCUGGGCGGCAUCUAAGUGCGCAUAUAUACGUCGUAUAGAACAAGAAACAUUGAGACCUACGUCGAGCAGCAUGUCCAAUCGGAGUCUGGCCCGCGCUGGCGGGGCUUCGCUUGUCUGGGACGCCACCAGAACAAGGCCUUAAGCCCUCGCUGCGCAGGC